AUGCGGAGGAAUUUAAGCUUGUGGCAUCCACCUAAGUUUGAGAAUGAGAAGCCUCUCAAUUAUGCCAAAGGAUCGCCCGAGAGAGCUGAAUUGACGCAAAGCUUGAAAAAGCUCAAGUCUGAGAUUCCUUUUAACAUCCCAAUUCAGAUCAACGGCGCAGCUACAAAAACAGAAAAAUCCCUCAAACAACUCAACCCCUCAAAACACCACGAAACAGUCGCCGAAUACGCCUCUGCCACCCCCAACCAAGUAAACGCAGCCAUCGACGCUGCUCUAACCGCAAAGCCCACCUGGGAAGCAAUGCCCUUCGAAGACCGCGCCGCCAUCUUCCUCCGCGCCUGCGAUCUCAUCACAGGCAAAUACCGCUCCGAACUCGUCGCAGCCACCAUGCUCGGCCAGGGCAAAAACAUCUGGCAAGCCGAGAUCGACGCACCCGCCGAAACAAUCGACUUCUUCCGCUGCUACAUUCAAGAAGCUUGGGCGUUGUAUGCGCAACAGCCAAAGAUUCAGCCUGAGGGGAGUUGGAAUAAGUUGGAGUAUCGGCCGCUGGAGGGUUUUGUAUAUGCGAUUGCGCCGUUUAAUUUUACGGCACUGGGGGCUACGUUGGUUGGGCCUGCGGCGUUGCUUGGGAAUGUGGUUGUUUGGAAGCCUUCGGAUUAUGCGUUGCAUGCGAGUUGGUUGUUGCAUAGGAUUUUGUUGGAGGCUGGGCUUCCUAAGGAUGUUAUUCAGUUUGUGCCUGGUGAUGCGGAGGAAGUGACAAAUACUGUCCUGAAGAGACCUGAAUUUGGGGCGUUGAGUUUUAUCGGCUCGACGCAAGUGUUCAAAGGAAUUCAGAAGAAGAUCGGAAAUGGUAUUGGUGACGGUAUGUACAAUUCCUACCCUCGCGUUAUUGGCGAGACGGGAGGGAAGAACUGGGGUGUUGUGCAUCCAUCUGCCGAUGUGAAGAGCGCGGCCUUUAACACGAUCCGCGCCGCAUUCGAGUAUCAGGGCCAGAAAUGCUCUGCUAAUUCCCGCGUCUACGUUGCUGAGUCUGUCUGGUCGGAGUUUGCGAAACAUCUGCAGGAGCAGAUUGCGCAACUGAAGGUCGGCGAUGUCGAAGAUUACGGCAACUUCAUCAACCCGGUUAUCCACGAGCGCUCGUUUGACAAGUUGAACAAAGUCAUUGAGAAGGCAAAGAACGACCCCGAGCUGGAACUCGUGGCUGGCGGGCAAGCCUCCAAGGAAGAGGGAUACUACGUCCAUCCCACCGUUUACAAAACAUCCAAUCCGCAACACUCCAUCAUGUCCCAAGAACUAUUCGGACCAAUUCUGGCCGUCUACGUCUACCCCGACGCCAAAUGGGAAGAAACCCUCAAACUAGUCAACACAACCUCCCGCUAUGCCCUUACCGGAAGCAUCUUCGCCAAAGACCAAUAUGCCUCCCGCCAGGCGCAAACGGCCCUAAGACACGCCGCUGGUAUGCUUUAUCUCAACACCAAGUGCACGGGUUCGGUUGUUGGACAGCAACCCUUUGGUGGUAGUAGGGAUUCUGGGACUAAUGACAAGACUGGGACGAUGGCUCAUUUGCAGCGGUUUGUUAGUGCGAGGACUAUUAAGGAGGAGUUUGGAUCGCUGGGGGAGGUGCAGUAUCCUUCGAAUGAGGUUUAGGGUGCGGG